UCCCCACGGAACACAAGUACAAGUGCAACUAGCCAACGGCUAAACUCUGAAAUUGGACAGGUUGUAAACCGUGCCAGGGAUAUUUUAAGAAGCAAUCGAUCGUCAUUCACACGAAAUGCCAGCACGUCGUUUCAGAAUGGCGCCACUAGCGCGUAUCCUAAAAGACCCCGAUUGUCGGGGGCUUCACGUUAUGGAAAUGUUCUUCCCAAGGAUGUGGUUAAAACGGUUGUGCUCUUGGAAAAUUCUGGUUCUUCAAACGAAUAUCCUUUAAAGAAUGAUACGAUAAUGUGCUAUGCUGAGGUGGAUUUCGUCACCACAGAUGACGAACGUCUCGUGCGAAAUAAAAUCGUCGGAGCGUUGAAGACACAAAUACCUGACAUUGCACCGGAUGAUUUUGAAUUUGUUAAAGUCCUCGGCAAAAGAGUCUCUACUCCUGUUGUAGCUGAUGGCUACAACUGGGAUUUUAAGCACGUUAAAAACUUAUGUGGUCAAGGCAAAUUGUAUGUCCGUCUUAACAAACAGCAAGAACAGGAACUGGAAAACAUUUCAGACACAUUUGAAGCCAUCCCUGUGGAAAGGCCCAGUACUAUUCUUGCAGAUAAUAGGGGCGUGUCGUCUGUGAAAGAACCUGCCUGUCAAUCUGAGACAGAUGACGAGGUAUUUACAUGUAUUUGUGUGAUGUCAAAAGUUUUUUUGAGCUGUUAGUAUUGUCUUACUCUAAAAUUCUUAGCCAGACAUUCUAUUACAUGCUACCAAAAAACACAAACAAACAAACAAACAAACAAACAAAACGUUAUCACACUGCAAUGCGGCCAAAAUGAGAUAUUUUGUAUGUUUUCAUCAAACUGCCAGAUCAACUGUGUCAGAUAAAUUUGGAAAUAGGGCAACAUCACUAGGACAUAACCGAGGCAAAUUUUACCAGUCAUAUAUGAAAUAACCCUUGUAAUGAGAAUAUUGCUUCAUUUUCUUUUUACCAAUGUUUUCAGAAUGGCAUAAGAUGUCUUCGUCAGAUGUUUCCACAACACGAUGAGGACUAUCUAAAAGAAAUAUUCAGUGGUUCUUUAGACCUUCCAGAUGCAAUUGAUGAAGUUUUGAAGAGUGAAAAGGAGCAAGGUUAAAAAUGUUUACUUUAUUUAAAGAAGUGUGGGUUUUGCAAAAAGAAGGUAGAUGACCUUUGGAAAAAUGAUAUGCCUAUUACUGUGUUACAGUUUGAUUUUUACGGUUUGAUUUUUAAGAAUUACAAUCUCGUUCCAAGAGCCCAUGUGUCUUUUGCUCAGCACGAAGACAAAGAGCUCUGGAAUAAUCGAUUUCUAGUCCAAGGUUUUAGGACUUUUUCACAGCGCAUGCGUUGGCGCUGACCAAAAGACAUGUGGGCUCUGUGAGUGAGAUUGUAAGAAAUACGCAUGAACACUUAAAUCAGUUGAAAUGUUAUCUUUCAUUUUGAGAAAUGAGGGUGGUUACACACUUUGACUGGGUUUGAUGUAGGAGUUUCAGGGUAUUACCACAUACAUGCCCCACAGUAUCACCAUAAAGCUAAAUGAUGAUACACAGGAUGGAAGAAAGCUGAAACAUUAUUUGUCUUUUUUAGCAGUUUCUCUUGCAGAAGUACUACAAAGUUUUGCUGACAAGGUUAUUACAGGUCCUGAAAUUAAGAUCACCAUUGACCCAGAUGACCUUAUAGCUGAUACUAUUGCAUUCUACAAAAAUUCUACUGCCUUUGAUGCUUCUAAGCGUGUUAGAGUGCAGUAUAAGAGCCAGCCAGCUGUUGACACAGGUGGAAUCCGUCGUGAGUUUUUCAAUGAUGCCACAAAAGCAAUAGCAACAUUUCCAGCCUUCAAAUUAUUGGAAGGAUCAGAUCAUAGGAAACUCCUGCCUAUAACAGCACAUCAGUUCACUCAGGACUAA